UUCCUCCCCUUCAGAGAUAAGAAAUGUUAGCAUGCUAACGUACAGAAGUUGAGCUCCCGUUUCAAUCGGUGUUUUGAGUGGUUUAUUGUAAACAGUUUUUCUUCAAAUUUUGACAAGGUGUGCAUUGAAUAGUAUUACAGCCGAUCGUGUGAUUUGAUAGUGGAAAUCUCUUUUAGAAGCGUGUAUAAUCCAUUUUUAAAGUUUUAGAUUAAUGUCUAAACCGAACACUCGUUUCGGAUCCAAGGCCGUUGUUGGUGAUAAGGCUGCAUCGUCACCUGCCCAAAAGCAGCAGCAGCGUGCGCAACAGAACAAACAACAACAGAGAAGGGAUACUAGCCGGCCUCACUCCUCUUCGUCUUGCUCGUCGGCUGCAGACGGCGUCCCCGUUGCCAUGACGACCCAGAGCCAAAUCACCGAGGCAAAGCGAGUGUUUGCCACUAUGCACCAAUUGAAACGGUUGAAAAAUUUCCUUCCAACUCACCUUCGUGUUUCACUAGUGCAGAGCUUGGUAAUUCCCAUCAUUGAUUACUGCAGCAUCGUUUAUAACGAUAUUACUGAGGAGCUGAAUUUGAAAUUACAACGAUCGCUCAACUACGCAAUUCGGUUUAUUUUUGAUGCGAGAAGAGAUGACCACAUCACUCCAUAUUACAGGAGGUUAAAUUGGAUGAAGUUGAAGGAGAGGAGACAAUACUUCAUGUUGAGUCUUGUUUAUCAGCUGAUUGUCAAGGGGAGAUGUCCUCAGUAUUUGAAGGAAAGAUCCACACUCCUGGCUCAUAUUCACAGCAGGAACACGAGACAGCAUGAAUACUUCCUUCAAAUACCUCGUCACCGCACAGUUAUGUAUAAUAACUCAUUUACGGUCACGGCCUCAAGACUUUGGAACGAUCUGCCCAAUGAUGUUAUUUUUGCGGCAACCUUGGGUACGUUCAGGUCCAGGCUUGUUACUCUAUUGAAUGAGAAUAGAUAGAUAUGUUUUUAGCCACAAUCUUUUUGUAGAUGUUGUGAAUACUUUUUUAUUGGAAAUUUGCAAUAAUCGUUGUACAGUAACAUUAUUAUUUUGCUUGUUUUGCUGGAGUAUUGGAGCGUUUGAUUGACACCUACUAAUACCUGUAAAUCAUAAUAUCCAAUGGCAUUUUAUUUUCGUUUAUUGUAUGUAUUAUUAUGCAUCUAACAUUUUUUGUUAAUUA